GUGAACCAACAGAAACUCCUACCAACGAAGCGACUACAAGCGAAGAACCUACAGCAACGAUUGUUGAAACACCUACAGCAGUUGUAGAUGCAAUGGCACCAACCAUGACAAUCAUUGAAGAACCAAGUAUUCCAAAUGUAUUAGCUAUUGGAAUGGGUUUUGCAAAAACUAUGAUGCGUCCUGCGUUUCAACCAACUGCCAAUGAAGAAAAAAUGGAAGUGGUAGAAGAACCAAAAGUUGUGUUUGAAUUAACUCCAACGAUAGAAGAAACUCCA